AUGACCGGGUCAGAGAAAGAGGCCAUGGAGCGCGAGCGUCGAGUGUUACAUAGGGCGAAGACCAUCGCGUUGCUAAAUCGCGAUAGCACGUUGAAUCGUAUGAAGGCCAUAGCUGACAUGGCGUCCCGAGUGAGGGAUGCGCCCGAGUUGAAGCCCAAAUUAUUAACUGCAGCCGGUGACCUAGACUCCCUAUGGGAUACAUUUCUUCGACAUAAUGAUGCGGUUUUGAAUGCGUUACUAGAUUUGAACUUAGCCUCAGAAUAUUCUGUUACUCUGGAAGCGGAGGUUCGUACUCUGUACUUUGACGCACGUGCUAUAGUGGAAGAAUUUGCUCCCCUACCCACAAGCAGGGCCUUAUCACAGGGUUCCAGUCGCUCAUCGGGCUCACGCCAUUCUAAUCAUUCCGGUCGCCCUUCAAGGCGAUCUCGGCUCCCAGAAAUCCCAUUGCCGUCCUUCAGUGGCGAGUUGAGUGGCUGGCCGGCGUUCCGCGACCGCUUUACGGACCUAGUCGUGCUGGAUGACGAGUUAACGGACAGCGACCGCUUCUAUUAUUUACUCGGUUGCCUCCGUGGUGACGCGUUAAGUGCCAUUAGUUCCAUCUCGGUGUCCAAUGGAACAUACGACCUCGCUUGGGCCACGCUAGUCGAGCAGUUUGAUAAACCUAGGCAGUUGGCCUCUUUGAUCAUCGACAAGUUAAUGUCAGCUCCGAUACAGUCCCAGGAGUCUCUGAGCGGAUUGAAAGAUUUCCUUGGGCUAUUCUCCGACCAGGUGGCGAUGUUACACACGCUGCACGUUCCAAACCUUGGUGAAUUUAUAUUGUUUUCUCUGGCUUCGCGCUGCUUGCCAUACUCCACUAGGAAGGGUUUCGAAGCAUCGAAUAAACAUGAUUUUCCAUCUAUUUUGGAUAUGGUUAGCUACAUCAAAGACCGUGUGAGCCUGUUAGAGGCCGUGAGCUUUACGCAAAGCUCGAGUAACCCUCCAACAACUCAGGGCCGGACGAAGUCCGCGCCAUCAAACCAUGUUGGCCGGAAGCCAAAGGUCGUGAUGCUCGCCUCAAAAUCGAUGGGUACUGCCCCGUCAAAAUGUUUGUUCUGCUCGGGGGAACACGUCACCACGUCGUGCAACGCGUUUACCAAAAUGUCAGUGAAUGACCGCGUUUCGGCUGCACGUGAUAAACGACUGUGCUUCCGGUGUCUCGUCUCCACCCAUUGGUCGACAAAAUGCAGAGUAACCAAGCCAUGUGCCCGUUGCCACGGUCGCCACCAUACCCUACUUCAUAAGGACAACGAUACGGAGGCACAACCUAUCGCCUCGACAAGUGCCUGCCACGUCAGCUCGUCGAAACAUCCUACCGCAUUGUUGGGGACCGCUGUGGUUCACGUGCGUGAUCGGUAUGGAUGCAUGCAACCGGUGCGUGCCUUAAUCGAUUCCGGAUCGCAGAUAAGCAUCAUGUCAGUUCCGUGUGUCGACCGGUUGGGGUUGAAGUGUAAUAAGUGGACUGUUCCGUUGACGGGCGUGUCCGGGGCAGCAGUUCUGCAGGUAAAAGGUCGAGUUGAAUGCCUGCUUACGCCCAGGUAUAAUGACGAGCAUUCCAUCAAGUUAACUGCGUGGGUUCUACCCAAAAUAACCAGUGACCUGCCAUCACAACAGUUGCCGCCGCAGUUGGUGAACAAGUUUUCCCACUUGGCGUUGGCUGACCCGCAGUUUGAUUGCACUGCUCCAGUUGAGUUAUUGUUAGGAGCUGACGUAUAUUCCCGAGUUAUGGAUGGGAAACGCGUUUUAUUGGAUCCCUCGUUACCUGCGGCCUAUGGAUCGAUCUUCGGGUGGAUCGUCAUCGGUCCUGUUCCCGAGGUGGAACCUGAUACCUGUCGGUCCCACGCCGCUGUCACCCUAUCGGUGUCCCUUGAGGACAUGGUCCAUCGUUUCUGGCAAGUGGAAGAACCCGAUACAGCUCCGGCCACGUUCCAUGACGAGGGCCAAUGUGAAGCUGUCUACAGCGCCGAGCGGUAUCGUGACAUCACGGGACGAUAUGUAGUUCCUAUGCCGUUCAAGCCUCUUCAUCGCGACGAAUUAUUCCCUGGGUCCCGUCAAAUUGCUAUACGCCGUUUCCAGAACCUGGAACGGAAACUCCAGGCCGACGAAGGGCUGUAUGCCGCGUAUAAAGAGUUCAUGUUAGAUUACGAAUCGUUGGGACACAUGACCGUCGCUGAUGAAGUCGGGACGUACUACAUACCCCACCACCCGGUUUUCAAUGCGGCACGCAAAAUACGAGUGGUAUUUGACGCCUCCGCUAAGGCCAGUUCGCACCUAUCGUUAAACCAGUGUUUGCACACCGGGCCGAAGUUGCAGUUAGAUAUUCUGGACAUCCUGACCCGUUUCCGUCUUCAUAAGUUUGUGUUCACCGCCGACGUUUGCAAAAUGUACCGGCAAAUCCUCAUGCGCCCGGAAUACCGGCGCUUUCAACAUAUAUUUUGGCGAUCGUCCCCAGUGGAUGAGUUAAAGGAAUAUCAGCUGAACACUGUCACUUACGGCGUCAAUUGCGCUCCCUUCUUGGCCCUACGUGUGUUAAAAGAUAUCGCCGAGAACGAAUGCAAUGAUUACCCAGAAGUCCGGGAUGGAUUGAAAUAUCAGACCUACGUGGACGACAUUUGUAUGGGGGCAGACACCGAGGAACAACUAUCGAGUGUGCAAUCAGAUUUAAUAGCCGUCCUGGGCCGCUCCGCGCUUGAGCUAAAAAAGUGGUCGAGCAAUUCGCCUCGCGUAUUGUCGGGGGUCGCUGCAACUGACCGAGUUUCCGAGGUGAUCAACUUCGAUGACAAAGGAGGAGGUAUGGUCAAGGUCUUAGGCCUCCGCUGGGAUCCAGUCAAGGACAUUUUUGGUUUUGAUGUCCACCCAGUGUCCAAGGUUAUCACCAAACGAUCGGUAUUGUCCACCAUUGCCACAAUCUUUGACCCGAUAGGGUUCCUUGCGCCUGUAAUUUUUCAUGCAAAACAUAUCAUGCAGCAAAUCUGGAAAACUGAACAGGGAUGGGACGAUCCUCUACCAGAUGACCUGGUUCGAACUUGGAACCUCUUACUUAAUGACCUCCCAGUACUAUCAAAAAUCGAAAUUCCGCGUUUUGUAUUGACAACUAGUGAGUCCCACGUAGAAUUAUGUGGAUUUUGCGAUGCCUCGGAACGAGGGUAUGCAGCGGUAGCAUACUUGCGAAUAACGUCACUGUCAGGACUGGUCACAGUGCAUCUUCUCGGCUCCAAAACAAAGACCGCGCCCAUGAAGACCAGCACUAUCCCAAGAUUAGAGCUAUGUGCGGCCGUGCUUCUGGCCCGCUGGUUGACUCGACUCCUCACAGUUUUUGGUAAUCGACUCCGCGUGGACGGGAUCUUUGCGUGGUCUGACUCCCAGAUAGUGCUCUCAUGGUUGAUCAACCCUCACACUUGUUUCAAAGUAUUUGUCUCGAAUCGAGUGCAUUUAGUCCGUCAGUUAGUACCAUCCUGCCAUUGGGGUUACGUCCGGUCGGCCGAAAAUCCGGCGGAUUGUGCCUCCAGAGGUUUAUUGCCCUCAAACUUGGUCGAGCACUUGGUAUACUGGUCGGGUCCUGCCUUCCUGAAGGACGCUGUUGACACUUGGGAUAUGUCGAUCGCAGUGGUACCUAUUGAGCAGCUCCCGGAAACGAAAGUUCUCUCUGUAUCUGUCCAAGUUGAACCGGAUGCCGAGUGGUUUAGUCGAUUUUCGUCAUAUCAUAACAUGGUCAGAGUGGUUGCCUGGAUGCGUCGCUUCGCAGGCCGAGCCCGACAACAGACAUACACAACAGAUUAUCUGACGCGUGAGGAACUUGGAGAAUCGCUCAUCGUCUUGGUCAAACAGUCUCAAACCUGUUGGUUGUCUAAGCUCCACGCAGACUUAGCUAGCGGCCGCCCUGCCCAACGGUCAUUGGCUGGUCUGAGGCCCUUCGUUGAUGCACGUUGCGUUGUCUGCGUCGGAGGCCGCUUGACACGUUCUAAUCUGACCAGUGCCGAGAAACAGCCUAUCUUGUUGGCUAAGGAGUCCCACUUAUCGGUACUAAUCGCGCGACAUUGGCACCUGGUAACAUGUCACUCAGGGCCUCGGGUAAUUACGUCAUUGAUCACACGACAAUUUUGGAUAAUAUCGGUGAGGGCGGUAAUCCGCCGCGUCAUCGGUCAAUGCACGAUCUGUGUACGAACCCUCGCCCAAAGUCCCCACCCCGUGAUGGCAGACUUACCAAGCUCUCGCGUCCAAAUGUGUCGCCCAUUCACUCGGGUAGGCAUCGACUACGCUGGGCCAAUGUCUAUGCGUGAGUGUCGUUUACGUAAGGCUCGACAAUACAAAAUUUACGUGGCGGUGUUUGUGUGCAUGGCGACUAAGGCCGUCCACCUGGAAGUCGUGUCCGAGCUGUCUACUAAUGCAUUCUUGGCGGCCUUCGACCGAUUCGUGGCACGUCGAGGUUUGCCUCAGGACAUAUUCUCUGAUUGUGGCACGAACUUCGUGGGGGCCGCCAAAUACCUCCGCGCUUUAGUUAACGACCCGACUAUCCGACACGCAGUAACCUCCCAUGCUCCUUGCGUCUGGCAUUUUAAUCCACCAAGCGCACCGCAUUUCGGUGGCUUGUGGGAGGCUGCGGUACGGUCAUUUAAAACCCUCUUGACACGACUCGUUGGUGUCCAUAAUUUCAGUUGGGAAGAGAUGACCACCGUACUGUGCCGCAUUGAAGCAGUGUUAAAUUCACGGCCGUUAACCCCGAUGUCGUCAUCCCCGAUGGACUUAGACUACUUGACACCGGGGCAUUUCUUGAUUGGUCAGCCGUUGCUGGCAGUUCCAGACGUAUCAAUACCCGAGGGUUGUAGUAAGGUAGUCAACAGGUGGAAACUACUGCACCAGUGCCACCAGUCUUUUUGGCGUCGGUGGUCCACCGAGUAUCUGAGCUCCCUUCAAGUCCGAACUAAGUGGACAGUUGAUGUGCCCAACUUGCAAUGUGGAGAUAUGGUAGUGGUCAAAGAUCAAAAUCCACCCAUGAGUUGGCGAUUGGGCCGCAUUGUAGAUGUGACCCCCGGUAACGAUGGUGUGGUCCGAGUGGUCAAAUUGAACACCGCUACGGGGGAGCUCACCAGACCGGUAGUUAAGUUGGUGAAGUUACCUAUGGAUCAGUAG